AUGUCCCUACAGCUACCACCCCACUGCAAACUCUUCACGGCUGAUGCUUCCUCAAUGUACACCAACAUUCCCACGAGGACAGCCAUCACCAAGAUCUCAAAGUGGCUCAAAGACAACCAAGAACAGUUCCCAGACCUGCCCACCAAGGCAGUCCUCAAGGCACUGAUUCUCAUUAUGGAGUGGAGCUUCUUCCACUUUGGUGACACCACAUGGCGGCAACUCAAGGGCACUGCAAUGGGAGCCCCACCAGCCCCACCCUAUGCCACCAUCUACUUUGCCAUCCUGGAGUCCAUUCUGCUUCGAUCCUUCAUGGAUAGUCUUGCAGUUCUGCAGCUCUACAGGAGAUACAUCGAUGAUGUCUUCGGCAUAUGGCACUGCCGAAUGGAAGACAACCAGCUCCUGUGGGAGGGCUUCCAAAAGGCAAUGAAAGCAACAAUGAGUACAAGCUGCACUGGAGUUCCUGAACUCUUCCAGUCAGGUGGAUUUCUUGACAUGACAAUCACCCUCAACAUGACAACAAACUGGUCAACCACACUGUAUGAGAAACCAACCAACUGUAUUCUACAUCCCAUCCCACUCCUGUCACCCACCAGGCCUCCUGUCUGGAGUGGUGUGAUGGCAACCUCUUUAGGAUCUAUACACUCUGCUCUGAGGAGACUGACAGGCUCGCCAGGACCAAGUCUUCUUAAGAGGCUCCUGGCCAGGGGCUACCAAGCCACCACACUAGGCCCCUUUUUGAAGCAGACAAUCACCAGGGCAAGGGCCUACACUGGCCCCCAGCCCCACAACAACAAGAGGGACACAUGGGAAUCCAGCUGCUGCACCUGGAAUACCACACCCAAGGAUCCCAUCAUCAAUAGGUCUCCUCCAGCAAGCGCUGGAGGAUUGCAAUUGCAAUCCUACAAACCCUUGAUGCCCUGUCAAGCAAUGUCCGGAUCCCACACAAGAUAUGGAGCCCCAUGCGAGGCAACAUGCCAAUGGGACUGGAUAGGAUGUAUUGUAGCCUACUCCAGGACCCCCAACCUUGGUAACCUACUGUCCUACAGGAAGGUUCCCGAACUAGAUGGCUCCCCCGUCAUCACCUUUCUGGAUUAG